AUGUCACCCAGCCAAUUACUCCCCAAACGAGUACCAGGGGGGAGGGAAAGGCACAAGGGGAUUUCAAAUAGGGGACCAGUUUUCGCUAAAAACUACGCCAAAGGCCCCACAUGGGUGGCCGGCUGGGUGAUAGGGGUGACUGGACCCAAAUCCUACACCGUUGACAUGGGAAGUGGCAGGAUCGAGAGAAAACACCUAGACCAACUCUGCAAACGAGCAGUCCAAGUACCACAAAAGCCAGGCCCUAACUACAAUACAAUCCUUCCAACAGCUAACUCAAGCCCGAGGGAACCAGAGGACUUACCUGAAGACUUCGGUGUCCAGCACUGUUCGGGUCCAGCAGCAGUUCCCAUCGACAACCAAACAGCCAGUAAUCCACAAAAGAACAAAGAACCAACAGCAAAUAAUCCACAAACAAAGGCCCCAAUGGAAGAGCUGGGAGGAACCAAAAGUACCUCUGACCAGCAUGCUUCCCCUGCCAAAACUGAACUGCGAAUUAAUGCUUCUUUGUUGGAGGGGGUUUUCCCUGCCGCCUUGAAAGAGGCGGUGGUGAGACCCCUUCUCAAGAAGCCUUCCCUGGACCCAGCUAUUUUGGGUAAUUAUCGUCUGGUCUCCAACCUUCGCUUUGUUGCGAAGGUUGUAGAGAGUGUUGUGGCGCGGCAGCUACCUCAAUACCUGGAUGAAGCUGUCUAUCUAGACCUGUUCCAGUCCGGCUUCCGACCCAGAUAUAGUACGGAGACAGCUUUGGUCGCGUUGGUGGAUGAUCUCUGGAGGGCCAGAGACAGGGGUUAUUCCUCUGCCCUGGUCCUAUUAGAUCUCUCAGCGGCUUUUGAUACCAUCGAUCAUGGUAUCCUGCUGCACCGGUUAGAGGGGUUGGGAGUGGGUGGCACCGUUUACCGGUGGUUCUCCUCCUAUCUCUCCGACCGGUCACAGACAGUGUUGACAGGGGGGCAGAGGUCGACCACGAGGCGCUUUACUUGUGGGGUGCCGCAGGGGUCGAUUCUCUCGCCCCUCCUGUUCAACAUCUACAUGAAGCCGCUGGGUGAGAUCAUCAGUGGAUUUGGGGUGAGAUACCAACUGUACGCUGAUGACACUCAGCUUGUUACCUCUCGCUUGGAUUAUUGCAAUGCUCUCUACAUGGGGCUCCCCUUGAAGUGCACUCGGAGGCUUCAGUUAGUCCAGAAUGCAGCUGCGCGGGUGAUAGAGGGAACCGCACGCGGCUCCCAUGUAACACCACUCCUGUGCAGGCUGCACUGGCUGCCUGUGGUCUUUCGGGUGCACUUUAAGGUUUUGGUUACUACCUUUAAAGCGCUCCAUGGCUUGGGGCCUGGGUACUUACGGGACCGCCUAUUGUUACCCUAUGCCUCCCACCGACCCGUACGCUCACACAGAGAGGGACUUCUCAGGGUGCCGUCCACCAAGCAAUGCCGGCUGGCGGCCCCCAGGGGAAGAUCCUUCUCUGUGGGGGCUCCUACCCUCUGGAACGAACUUCCCCCUGGCUUGCGCCAAAUACCUGAUCUUCGGACCUUUCGCCGCGAGUUGAAAACGUAUUUAUUUACU